AUGUUUCUCCACGGCGGAAGUCGAUCAUCCUCCCAGAUCUCUUCCUCGGCCGCCGCAAACCUAGGACGCCCCCCGACAUUCCAGAUCCAGAAGUUCCUGAACACGACACCGGGCAGCGAGCCUUUCGCCCUCCUCGUAGUAGGGCCAGAGACCGACCGCCAGAGUCGGAUCAAAGGCUAUAUCGCCCACGGCCGGCAGCAUGAGGCGCCGGAACUGUACAACAGGGCUGAGGUCGGGACCCGUGGGCUCGCGUGCCCCUUUGCCAAGUCCAACCCCGAGACGUACAUGAACAUCGAUGUGUGCAAGCCGACUGAAGGAUUCAAAGAGCCUAGGCUACUCUUCGAGCACAUAUGGCGGAAGCAUACUCGGUUCUUCCGCUGUGGGUUCUGCCCUCUUCGCUGGAGCAUCUCCACGUCUCGCAAGGAUGUCAAAGAGAAGAAGGAAGACCACUGGAAGAGCUGCGACGGAAAACGCCGCGGUAUAUUAUACUUCGACGGCCCCGACGAGAGCAGAAUCGAGCUACUGGACUGGAAGCAGCAGGAGCUCUUCGAAAAGAUCAGGUCGAUGAGAGACGUCGAAGCCAAGCUGGAAGCCCUGUACAAGGCGUGCCGGAAACCUGUGCCGGAGACAUACCAUGCAACCGCGGCAUUCCAGGCAGUGCAGCCCCAGAUGAUUUACGCGCCCGGUCGCAUUACGGCACAAACCGACCAACAAUCCAUCAGCCACGGCGAAGGCAUUUUCGAAGGUUUCUCUCGACCUCGCUCAGGGGCCUCUCGCGUGACACGCCAGACGACGGCCACCAACGUGUCAAAAGUCAAUGCCGAAUUGCGAGCCGGAGACAACUCUGCAGUCAGCGGCGCCAACAGACCCAGGGACGCGGAUUCCGGGUACGGGUCCAUGCCGCAGAACAACGGAGACACACACGAUGUCUUCUACGCCGCCCAGCCUGGGACGCAGUACCAUGUACCUCAUGAGGUCAGGCCGUAUGAGACGAGCGGCGACCCUGUUGUCACGGCCAGUCCAGGGCGGCUCACAGACGACGACAAUUUCCCGUCGAUUGAUGAUCGUGUGGUCCAAGACUGUUUUCGGGCCUUUGACAAUACUGAUCCUUUGCUCUCUGGCGGCAUUAGCUCUUCGAUGAGGAGGGACGACUCCCUCCUGGGGCUGGACCUGUCGAAUCCUGGACCGGAGACCACUGGAGAUCCACUGGGCCCGUGGGACUACUCCGAAAUCGAUCCUGUGUUUUUGGAAAUCUAA